GCCGCCAUGCGCGCGCCGCGUACUUCCAGAUCGCAGCUCUCUGAUUGGUCAGACGCUCGGAAGUGCGUCACGGGAUAACAACAUGUCCGCGUUCAUUUGAAACAGUGUAGCGUGCUCAGUCGGUUUUCAUUGCAUACUUUGAUGUGUUUGUAUGUUGGGCUCAACGAGCAGGCGAUUGCAGAGGGAGAGACAUCUGUCAAAGGGAAGGACCGCACUCCAGGACAGGAAGCUCGACUAUUUGUUAUUAGCAGAAAUAAUGCUGAUAUUGGGAACUCAUGUCGCACGUCUAUGAAGAGAGAGCCACAAUGAUAGCCGCAGGCGAAUUGCAGUCGUUUGUCCCGUUCGGUCGUGAGCACUGCAGAAAUCACCCGAAUGCUGUGAAUCUCCAGCUGCGGCAGCUGCAGCCGGCCUCUGAGCUCUGGUCCUCUGACGGGGCGGCUGGACUCGUGGGAUCCCUUCAGGAGGUCACUCUACACGAGCGCGAGAAGGAGCGCUGGCAGCUGAGGAAGGGAACUGCUCCUUAUGAGGUUGAAUAUGAGGAGGAGUUGUAUGUGGCAGGAAACAUGGUCAUAUGGAGUCAUGGCAGUAAGAAUCAAGCCUCGUAUGUGUACAAGGCCUUCACGGUGGACAGCACAGUUCAGCAGGCUCUUUGGUGUAAUUUCACCGUCCCUCAAUCUAAAAAAGAUGUAAAGGAUGUUGUGGAGAAGACGGUGUGUAUCGUCCAGAGCACCUGUGUGAAUGUCCACAGCAUGAGUGGGAAAGACUUCAUAUCUCCACUCCCUUUCCAGGUCUCCGCUCUCUGGUCAACAAAGUUUGGCCUGCUUUUGGAGCGCAAAAAUAUUACAGUUGAUGGCCACAUGAGCCCCAUCAGGGAACCUCUUCCGACUCUGUUCAGCAUGCUGCAUCCGUUAGAUGAAAUCGCUCCUGUUGUUUGUAAGUCCACUGGUCUGUUUGAGUCCCGUCUCCAGUAUGUUACAGACAGCGCUCUGAGAGUAGUGUUCACCUGCCACGAGCCCUCCAUUAUCAUGACCUACGACACACAGCAGUGCACACACACUGUCUGGACCCUGCGCAAAGUCACACCUGAGGAGCAGACCACAGUGUUAAAGUGUCCAGACCAACCUGGGCCGGUUCACACACCUAAUGCGGCCCCCAGCUUCAUCAGCACCCACCUGAGAAACGUGACCCGGCUGGACUCGCCCGCCUCGCCCUUACACUGCCACGCCCUGCACAACCAGAGCCGAAUCCCUGCCUCCCCGGGCCUGCACUCACGUGUUCACUCGCCCAGCAUUUCAAACAUGGCUGCUCUCAGUCGGGCUCACUCACCUGGCAUCGCAGCGCCCUCUUUCUCCGGAGCUCAGCGCUUCAACAUGUCCUGCCACACGCCGUCUCCACGCGGCCACAGCAUCCUGGCCUCACCCAACAGCACACUGAACGAAACAGCCCUGCUGCCCGAGAUGGAGCCCAUUCUACCAGACCUCUGCAUUGAGCAGCUGUGGACAGAAACCAGCGCUAUCUCCAGGGAGAAAGGCUGCCAGGCCUCUAAAGUCUUCAUCACCUCUGACCUGUGUGAGAACAGGUACCUGUGCUUCCUGGUCGAGUCCCACCAGCAGCUCAGGUGUGUAAAAUUCCUCGAGAGCAAUGAAACUUCUCAGCUGAUAUUUGCAUCAGUGACUGUUAUCACCGCAAAAGAUGCUGCCCCUCUUGAGGACAUUCAUACAAUGCUGGUGCUUGAGGCCAAUGGGAGUCUGGUCUUGUACACAGGAGUCACUCGGGUCAGCAAAGUGUUUGUCCCUGGCCUUUUGUCUCCUACCUUCAGUGUGCAAAACCACCAGCCGCAGUUAAGCACCCCUCUGGAGAACAUCAGCACCCCCGCAAGGGCCGUGGUUCAGCAUAUGAGCCGUCUGGAGGAGGUUGGCAUGCCUUCUCCUGUGUUGGAGGUGCGCAGCGCGAAGCAGCACCACGAGUCGUCCUGGCUGGAAGACUCUUCAUUCCAGCAGGCUGCACCUCACAUCCACUCCCUCCGAGACGCCGUCAGCAACAGAGUCACGCUGGAAUUGAGCUCCGGUUCCAUGUUAAGAAUCACCAUUCCCGAGGUGGCCACUUCAGAGCUGGUCAAGCGUUGCCUGCAGGCCAUCAGGUUUAUCUUACCCAAGGACACUGCCAUGAAAGUGCUGGUCAAGUGGUACAACAGUUACAAUGCCCCUGGAGGUCCCAGCAUGCACCUGGAGUGGAACCUGUUUGUUACCUGCCUAAUGACAAUGAUGGGUUACAACACGGAACGACUGACGUGGACACGCAAUCUUCAUUUUGAAGUGCCACUCUCUCCAGUAAUAGCCCCGAAGAAGGCCCGACCUGCUGACACAGGUUCAGAUGAGGAUUGGGGAUACCUCCGAUGCUCAGACUACCAUUGGCAGGUUUCCAUGCGCCCUGCGGUGGCCGUUCAGGGCCUGGAGCCGGUGGGGCCCCCCGGUGGAGUGGAUAACCACGAGUCUGCUCUGGGUUUAGAGUCGUCUGCCCUGCUCUUUCCACACAUCCCGGUGCUCUUCUACGUUCUGCAUCUGCUCUAUGAAGACCUGAAGCUGGACGAGCUGCAGCGGAGUGGGGCGAGAGCUCUGGUCGGUCUGCUGCAACAGCUGGCCAAGGACCUGCAACUGGAGGAUUUCAUUGAUCUGUACUGGCGCGAUUACCCCUCAUUCAUCAAAACGUUCAAGGAGGCCUGCGUGAUUGAUCAAAGUAUGAGAAAAAUGCUGUUCUUUUAAUAUUUCUGUUCUGCUGUCAUGUGUUUCUUGAAUGUGAGGCUCAGGUGUGUGUUCAGCUGGCUCAGUCGCUGUCUGAGAGGGCAAGAUGUGACACCUUUUCCUCAUUUGCCUGGCAUCUGUGAGAGAACCAAACUACUGGUGCUGAGUUAUGCCCUGUACGUGGUCGGAGAUGAGGAUGCGAUCUCGACAAACAUGUUGAAGUACCUCUCCAGGCUGUCAGCAGGGCAAAAGAAAAACACGAGUGAUCCUUUUCUGAGAAGGCAGAGCAGCGUGAAGCCCGCAGCUUCGUCUGGAUGCCUGGCUGAGAAGCUGGUGCUGUGGUUGACCUCUGCAGGAUUUACACUGAAGGAUCUGGAGUCUGUUCCUUUUGGUGUGGCUCUGCCAAUCAGAGACGCCAUCUACCAGUGCAGAGAGCAACCCUGCUCUGAUUGGUCUGAGGAGGUCUGCGCUCUGAUUGGACGACAGGACCUGACCAGACAAGCUCACAAAGUGACCCUGGCCAAUCGUAAAUCGACUGUGGGUCUGAAUGUUAUGCUUGAGCCACCAGUCACCAGCGAAGCCGACGAGGAGGAGGAUGGUAUGACAGACCUGCACCCAGAGGUGACAGGCCUGAUCUGGAGUCAGGAUCUGAGGGUGCAGGAGGUCCGCCGUCUGCUCCAGAGCUCCAGACCCAUCCGGGUCAAUGUGCCCCACCUGCCUGAAGUCAGUGACCAUGAGUACAUAGAGGAGAAAGAGAACAAGCUGCUGCAGUUGUGCCAGCGCACCAUGGCUCUUCCGGUGGGACGGGGACUCUUCACUCUUUUCUCAUACCAUCCUGUGCCAACUGAACCCCUCCCUGUGCCCAAACUCAACCUGACUGGCCGCGCUCCUCCCAGGAACACCAUGGUGGACUUGAACAGCGGUAACAUCGAUGUGCCGCCCAACAUGACCAGCUGGCCCAGCUUUCAUAAUGGUGUGGCGGCUGGUCUUAAGAUCGCACCUGCUUCUCAGGUGGAAUCUGCCUGGAUUGCAUACAACAAACCCAAAAGUGCUGACUUGGCCAACGAAUACGCCGGUUUCCUCAUGGCACUGGGCCUCAACGGCCACCUCACUAAACUAGCAACACUUAACAUCCACGACUACCUCACCAAGGGUCACGAGAUGACGAGUAUUGGGCUGCUGCUGGGUGUUUCUGCUGCCAAACUGGGCACCAUGGACAUGUCCAUCACCCGUCUGCUAAGCAUCCACAUUCCCGCGCUGUUGCCACCCACCUCCACAGAGCUGGACGUGCCUCAUAGCGUGCAAGUGGCCGCUGUGGUCGGCAUCGGUCUGGUUUACCAGGGCACCGGCCACCGGCACAACGCAGAGGUGUUACUGGCAGAGAUCGGACGUCCACCUGGUCCUGAGAUGGAGUACUGUACGGAUAGGGAGUCUUACUCCCUAGCAGCAGGACUUGCACUUGGCAUGGUCUGCCUGGGGCACGGCAGUAACCUGAUCGGGAUGACCGACCUGAACGUGCCCGAGCAGCUCUAUCAGUAUAUGGUGGGAGGUCACCGGCGGACACAUGCUGGCAUCAACAGAGAGAAACACAAGUCUCCCAGCUAUCAGAUCAAGGAGGGUGACACCAUCAAUGUGGACGUGACCUGUCCUGGUGCAACACUUGCCCUCGCCAUGAUUUACCUGAAAACAAAUAAUCGGUCUAUAGCUGAUUGGCUGAAAGCCCCGGACACCAUGUUCCUGCUGGACUUCAUCAAGCCUGAGUUUUUGCUGCUGAGGACGCUGGCCAGAUGUCUUAUCAUGUGGGAUGAGAUCUUUCCCAAUGCCGACUGGGUGACCAGUAAUGUGCCUCAGAUCAUCCAAGAAAACAUCGGAAACCAGGAGCAGACGUCCGUCUCUGAGGAUCUCAACAUGGAGACUAUAGUUCAAGCUCAUGACUAUAUAAUUGCCGGAGGCUGUCUGGCCGUGGGAUUCCGGUUUGCUGGGUCUGCAAAUUCAGAUGCUUUUGACUGCUUAUACAAAUUUGCCAGAAAUUUCAUGCAGUGUCUGACGACCUCCACAGCUACAGUGACAGGGCAGUAUAACCUGCAGACGUGUUUAAGCAUGGUCCUCCUGGCGGUUUCAAUGGUGAUGGCCGGCUCAGGGAACUUGAAAGUGUUGCAGCUGUGCCGAUUCCUCCACAAACGCACCUUUGGCGAGAUGAAUUAUGGCUUCCACAUGGCCCAUCACAUGGCUCUGGGCCUGCUCUUCCUGGGUGGAGGGAGGUACACACUCAGCACCUCCAACUCGGCCAUUGCUGCCCUCCUUUGUGCACUCUAUCCUCAUUUUCCUGCUCACAGCACAGACAACAGGUAUCACCUCCAGGCGUUGCGCCACCUGGCUGUGCUCGCAGCAGAACCGCGUCUGCUGGUGCCUGUAGAUGUAGACACUCUCAAACCCUGCUACGCUCUGCUAGAUGUCACCUACAAGGAGACGCAAUGGUACGAAGAGACGACUGUGGAGUUGAUGGCUCCCACCAUGCUGCCUGAACUUAACCUUCUGAAACGGAUUAAGGUGAAAGGUCCAAGAUAUUGGGAGCUGAACAUUGACAUCAGUAAAGGAACCCAACAUCUGCAAUCCAUCCUAUCCAAAGACGGCGUUCUGUAUGUGAAGUUGCGCGCCGGACAGCUGCCCUACAAGGACGACCCUCAAGGCUGGAAGAGCUUACUGGCCCCCAACCUCAACAACAGAAGUGCUGAAGUGCGCACUUUUAAGCCCGAGGCCAUCUCAACCUUCACCUCUGACGUGGCUCUGGUCUCCUUCGCCGAGUACUUCUGCAGAGCCUCGGAAAACAUGAAGCAUAGGCGAAGUCUUGUCCAUGUUUAUAACUUGUUUCUGUAUGAAUGUGUGACACAGGAAUACCCAGAAAUGCUGCCAACACACAUUUCAUUAUUGAUUCUUGCCGUGCGCACUCUGGAGCGGGGCGAUCUCUGUGAGACGUUCAGUCUGUGGCAGAUGAAGCUGGUGCUGGAGUUGUGUGAGAGCCGAGUCCUUCAGCAGCGGCUCAGAGACACACGGCGUCAGGGCCACGGCCUGCUGCUCAGCUCUGAGUUCCUGCCCGUCAUGAAGAGCUCAGCCGACCGAGCCCUGGAUCGCUGGCUCUGUGAUAACGGUCAUGUGCUGCAAGAGUACAUGAGAGGACAGCCGAUGAACAACGACACUGAUGUCAACAUGUUAGCCUGCUUCCUGGUCUACCAUUCUAUCCCCAGCCUCAAGAACAUGGUGGCAUCUGACCUGGAAGGAUGUUCCUGUUUUCCAGAGCUGCUGCUCAAGAGCAGUCAGUUGGGCGUUCCUGUACGUGCUCUGCUGCGUUUGAGUCCUCUGCUCCUUCAGAAACAUGAUUCUGGAGUUUAACCCACCAAUUCCUGGAGGUCAACCAACCUUCUCCUUAUCCAGGUACCACAGGGUCAUGGUUGCCUUGUCCUCACAGGCCACAGGAACUCGAUGCGAGAUUUAUUACGUGGACAUUUUUAUCACAUGAUUGUGUGUUUGAAGCGCUGGAGAAACAGGUUUGCUCACCCCUAUUUUGACAUGUAAAUAGUUUGUAACUAUAUUUGUACCUAUAAUAAUUCAGUCAAUAAAGAUGACUUGAAAUGGAACUUGGAAUUGGUUUUCAUAAAGUAUGCCUGACUUGCAUUAAAUAAAAAAAUACUUGUUCUGGU